AUGGAACUUAAGCCAGUUAGAGAUGAGCUCGCUGUAAUCAGGGAAUCCAUGAAUUUCAUCAAUAGCCAAUAUGAGACAAUUGUGAAGCGUUUAGACGAUCUUGAGAAAAAUAUGAAAUCGAGCAUCAAUACAAAAUCUGAACUUGGUUCCAUUAAGGAUCACAUUGACAGUGCUGAAGUGGAUAAUGACAAGCGGGAGCCGUGGGUUCGGCGGUCUAAUGUAGAGAUUUUUGGCAUUCCAGAGAGGAAAGGAGAGAACUUAAUGCAAAUUCUUAGGGACGUUGCUAGUAAAGCAGAAUUUUCACUUGAUCUAUCUCAAGAUAUUGAUUUUGUUACUCGUGUAGUCCCUAAGAAUAACGCUUGUAUUUAUGAUCAGGAAAUUUUUGACUCUCGUUACACAGUUUAUAGAUGUGACAGAGAUUAUGAAACGCGAGGGGUUCAUCUUGGUGGAGGUGUGCUCAUAGCUCUGCGUCGAGAGCUGCAGGUGUAUUCGUUUAGUACGGUUUUAAUGCCUGGUGCUGCAGCUGAGGCUAUCAAAUUGUGUGUUAAUUUAAAAUCUUCAAACAAAUCAGAAAGACUCAAUAUUUUUUGUGGUCAUUUUCCUCACUGUCCUCGACACUUUGAUAGCUUAUUGCAUUUCUUUGAGAGUGUAUCCGAUGUCAUUGUUAACAAUCCUGAUGAUGGUUAUUUUAUCUUAGGAGACUUUAAUAUUUCUUCAGCUCAAUGGACUUCCACCGAUCAUGCACCCUAUAUGACAAACUCCACAAUAAAUGGCGAUCAUUUAGUACAGGCAUUGCAAGGCUUCAUUAGUUUUACGGAUCUUAGGCAGUAUAAUCACAUAUUCAACACAAAGAACCGAAUUCUCGAUCUCGUUUUUUCAAAAAGGGAGUGUUUAGUUGCUCAUUGUAAGGAGCCUUUGAUCGACGAGGAUCCUCACCACCCGGCUCUGGAUGUGAUUCUUAAAUCAUCUUCACCACAGGUGCUUCAUUCUGCUCGGCGUGUUGUAAGAUUGUUUCACAAUGCUAACUAUGACGCUAUUAACAAUGAUAUUGCUUCUGUUGAAUGGCAGAUUCUGCUUCAGGGUAAGGAUGUUGAUGCCGCGGUGGCUACAUUUUACGAUUUGAUAAAUAACAUUAUUUCUAAACACGUCCCAAUCAAAAUUUUUCGACAUGAUACUCGCUAUCCAUCGUGGUUUUCUCGUUCUCUUGUAAAAAUAAUAAAGGAGAAGUUAAAGUAUCACAAGAAAUGGAAGAUUUACGGUCGUAGAUGUGACUAUGACACUUUUAGCCUUCUGCGUGAUCUUCAAAAGCGAGUCAUGCGAGAAUGUUAUGAUAAAUUUAUUAUCGAUGCUGAAAAAAGAAUAAAAAUCAAUAGCAAGUAUUUUUGGACGUUCAUUAAAUCGAAAAAGUACUCCUCCGAUCUUCCCGAAACAAUGUUUUUCGACGAUGAGACUUCUGGCGAGGGUAAUAAUAUUUGUUCAUUAUUUAAUAGCUACUUUCAUUCCGUUUUUGAGCCUCCAGUGUGGCAGUCCUUCAUCCCAGAUUACUCCUGUAAGUGGUACAAAUACCAUUGGCAAAAUAGUUUUCAGGAUUGA